AUGCUGCUACCAUACCUGCUCGUUGCGGCUCGCGUCUGCUCUGCGCUCUCGCUACCACCAGGGCCGGUUGUACUCGCGAGCGCCGAUUACAUACCUGUACAGGGCCCGAAUAUCUCCCAGGCCUUCAACGGCACUGAGACAACGAACGCCGACGUUCCCUCGACGCCAGACUUCCCCCCCGGUCCUGAGCCUCCGUUUCCCGGAAAGAUCUUCCAAUACGCAAUUCCCAACUCCUACCCUCUGACAACCGUUCAAUUCCGCAAUUGGCGAUCCUUUUCAAACCGUGAUGAAGGGAAGGCCUUACAAGUCAUACAAGACGCGCUCACUGAAGCCACCAGAAACUCGCGGGAUAAUCUUUACAUGGAUUACGCCCGCUGGCAGAAAUCGCCAUUUGUGAUCUAUGUCGAGCCGAACGAGAACACGACAUCCAGAACCACGCCUACUUUCGAGGUAGGGUUGAGAUGGCGCAUUUGGCGAAACGCUCUCCUUGGGAUCCAGAAAUUCAGGCAAGCAUAUCCGAGCGUUGCAGUAGCUUAUGAUGUCAUGGCCGACAUUGGAGGCUUUGACGAGCCACCAAACGUCGGGGCAGGGGCGUUGUGGUUGACUCCUUCCGACACCACGGUCGCAUCCCAGAAUGACAUCAUCGUCUUGCGGAGUAUUGAUAACCAAACAGCGUCUGACGAACAGUCAUUAGCGCUGAACGCGCGCCCCGAUUUCCCACCCGGCGACGAGCCUCCCGAGGAUGUAGACUCCUUCGCCUAUGUCCUACCCGGGUCCAAUCCGCUUCUGAUAAUGAAAUUCGAGGACUGGGACGAAGUGCCGGCUCGGCAACAAUAUGACGUAGACUUGCUGCUCUCGCACGCGCUCGACAUCGCUCGUGGGAAGCAUCAAGACGAAUUCAUGACUGGUCCUUACUACGAUUCGUGGCGAUCGAACUAUGUCGAAGUUCAGAUUGAGCCAAGGAAGCCAUCGUAUCUGCCGCCUCCGACGAUGAUCGGUAUGACUUGGGGGGACUUGGUGGGCGUCAUAGAAGCGCUGCAGAAGUUCGUCACCGUGUAUGAUGGGUGGGAUACGGCGUUCGAGCUCUAUGUGAGGGCGCCAGGCUACCCUCGCAACUUGGCGAAGAUUGGGAGUGGAAGUCUGGACUUUGGAGAUUUGGGGGCUAAUGGAAGUUCGGUGCAAGUAUCUUGA